CCGCGUCGGGCCCCGCCCCCUGUCCCGCUCCCUGGCUCCCAUUGUCUCCGCAGAUGCCGCCUGGUCCAGCUAUCGUGCUGGGGGUUGUUCAGUUUUGGGGGGGCACGCUCUUUCUCUUUUCUUCGAGACGUCCCGCGGCCGAGAAAGGAAUUCUAGAGUUCCGUGGAGUCUUCUUUUCUCCUUAGGACCCACUUUGCCCCGUCCCAGGGAGGAGAGCAGCUAUGUCCGCGCUGCGUCCUCUCCUGCUUUUGAUGCUCCCUCUGUGUCCCGGUCCUGGUCCGGGACCUGGGAGCGAGGCAAAGGUCGUCCGGAGUUGUGCAGAGACUCGGCAGGUGCUGGGAGCCCGGGGAUAUAGCUUAAACAUAAUCCCUCCCUCCCUCAUCUCAGGUGAGCACCUUCAGAUCUGUCCCCAGGAGUACACCUGCUGUUCCAGUGAGACAGAGCAGAAGUUGAUCAGGGAUGCUGAGGUCACCUUCCGUGGCCUGGUGGAGGACAGUGGCUCCUUCCUGAUUCACACACUGGCUGCCCGGCAUAGAAAGUUUAAUGAGUUUUUUCGGGAGAUGCUGUCCAUAUCGCAGCAUUCUUUGGCCCAGCUCUUCUCGCAUUCCUAUGGUCGCCUGUAUUCCCAGCACGCCAUCAUCUUCAAUAGUCUGUUCUCUGGCCUGCGGGACUACUACGAGAAGUCUGGCGAGGGGUUGGAGGAUACCUUGGCGGAUUUCUGGGCUCAGCUCCUGGAGAGAGCCUUCCCUCUGCUGCACCCACAAUACAGCUUCCCUCCUGACUUCCUGCUCUGCCUUACCCGACUCACCUCCACUGCUGAUGGCUCUCUGCAGCCCUUCGGGGACUCACCCCGCCGCCUCCGCCUACAGAUAACCAGGUCACUGGUGGCGGCCCGGGCCUUGGUCCAGGGUCUGGAGACUGGAAGAAAUGUGGUCAGUGAAGCGCUUAAGGUGCCCGUGUUGGAAGGCUGCAGGCAGGCCCUGAUGCGUCUGAUCGGCUGCCCACUUUGUCGGGGAGUCCCCUCGCUUAUGCCCUGCCGGGGCUUCUGCCUCAAUGUGGCCCAUGGCUGCCUCAGCAGCAGGGGACUGGAGCCAGAAUGGGGCGGAUAUCUGGAUGGUCUCCUGCUGUUGGCUGAGAAACUCCAGGGACCCUUUUCCUUUGAGCUGGCUGCAGAGUCCAUUGGGGUGAAGAUCUCAGAAGGUUUGAUGCACCUGCAGGAAAACAGUGUAAAGGUGUCAGCCAAGGUGUUUCAGGAAUGCGGGACCCCGCAUCCCGUGCAAUCUCGUAACCGUCGAGCACCAGCGCCCCGAGAAGAGGCCAGCCGGCCGUGGAGGGCGGCGGCCGAGGAAGAACGACCCACGACGGCAGCGGGCACUAAUCUGCACCGCCUGGUAGGGGAGCUCCGCGAGAGAGUUGGCCGAGUGCGGGGCUUCUGGGCUGGAUUGCCCGUGACGGUGUGCGGGGACUCGCGCAUGGCGGCGGACCUCUCACACGAGGCGGCACCCUGCUGGACCGGAGUUGGGAGAGGCCGGUAUCUGUCGCCUGUGGUCGUGGGCUCCUUGAACGAGCAGAUCCGCAACCCGGAGUUGGAAACCUCGGGUCCCGAUGUCCCGACGCGGCGGCGGAGGCUACAUCUCCGAGCAGCUACGGCUCGGAUGAAGGCGGCUGCGCUGGGUCAGGACCUUGACAUGCAUGAUGCUGAUGAAGAUGCCAGUGGCUCCGGAGGGGGACAGCAGUAUGCAGAUGACUGGAAAGCUGGGGCGGCGCCUGUGGUCCCCCCAGUCAGGCCUCCAAGGCCACCUCGCCCUCCUCGAAGGGACGGUCUUGGGGUCAAAGGAGGAAGCGGCAGUGCCAGAUACAACCAGGGCCGAAGCAGGAAUCUGGGAUCAUCUGUUGGUCUCCAUAUUCCAGUCACCAUCAUCCUCUUCCCCUCCGCCCUGACCCUGCUUGGACUUCGAUAACCAGGGAGGGGUGCCCUAGCAUCAGAAGGGUUAAUGGCCCUUUCCUCUCCACCUCCCUCAGCUGAGCAUGAGGAAGAGUGGAAGGGGGCUAUAGAGAGGGUAGAAAGGGACUUUGUGGGUGAAUGGCUGGGGCCCCAGAUCCAGGAGUUUCCCAUUGAUGGGCUGGGGGGGGUAGAUGGGUGUUCAUAAUAUUUAUUUUUUCAUUUGGGAACUGGGGAUAUUUAUUUAGGAAGGGAGUGUGGUUUUGGGGCUCAUUGAUGCAAAAGGCAGGGGUGGGAUGUUGGGGACGGGUUGAGGAACUUGGAAGUGGGGAGGGGGGUACCUGGUGUUGAAAAUGGACAAAUAAACCUAGCUGGAGUGAUGUCGCGUGCCUGUAAACCCAUUAUUGGGGAGGCUGAGGCAAGAAGAUUGAAAGUUGGAGACCAGCUCACACAAAAACAGAGCUAGGUGCUGAGGUGGACAGGAUGGGGUAGGGGGAGGUGGACCUGGGUUCAGUUGGCUCUUUAAAAGCAUCUGUUUGAGGGGGGGAGGGGGAGGCUCAUCUUGUGACCUUUGCCAUCACAUUCUUCAAAGCUUCCAUUUCAUAUUUCAGUGUUCAAGUCAGUGUUUAAUUGGUAAAUAAAUAAUAAUUUAUUGGA